AUGGCUGUGUUUUUCUGUGACUUGACGGAAAAGAUUACCUUGGAGAAGUUGGCCGUCCUUCUGCUUCUGAGUGCUGCCAUUGCACUGGGCCACGCAAACCUGACCCAGCUGCUUGGUUUAGAACCCUUACUGAAGACUGAGGUGGAACAGACUCCUCCUGUCGGGGCUCAGGUAGCAGCAGUACAGCAGGGGACAAAGGAAAUGUCAUGUCCCUCAGACUGGCACCCAUAUGGAUCACGCUGUUUCAGGUUUGUCAGCAUUCCGCAGUCAUGGUCAGAUUCUGAGCAAAACUGUUUGGCACUUGGUGGAAACCUAGCAUCCGUGAAUAACCUUUUAGAGUACCAGUUCAUGCAAGCACUAACAAAGAAUACCAAUGGCCACUUACCUGAUACCUGGAUUGGAGGUUUUGAUUCAGUCAAGGAGGGCUUAUGGAUGUGGUCAGAUGGGUCCAGAUUUGACUACACUAACUGGAACAUUGGUGAGCCCAAUAACGCUGGAGAAGGAGAGGACUGUCUGCAGAUGAACGCUGCAAGUGAGAAGUUCUGGUUCGACGUGCCCUGUGAGUGGAAGUUUAGAUCUCUCUGUUCCAGAAGAAUUUAGGCUAGGAAAUGACCCAGCCACUUCAACUCUCACCUCCAGGGGUCAACAGUCUACUUCACCUCUCACCUCCAGGGGUCAACAGUCUACUUCACCUCUCACCUCCAGGGGUCAACAGUCUACUUCAACUCUCACCUCCAGGGGUAAACAGUCUACUUCACCUCUC